AUGAAGGAGUUUUGGACAACCAUAGCUUCAAUGAUGGGGUUGUGGGCAUUCUGCCAGACCAUUCUACACACAAUCUUCCCACAAGAACUCCGAUUUGCCUUUCUUAAAUUCUUCCACAAAAUUUUUAACUCCUUCACAUCGUACUGCUACUACGAAAUCACAGAAGUCGACGGUGUCAACACCAACGAGCUUUACAACGCCGUGCAGCUCUAUCUCAGCAGCUCCGCCGCCGUUUCCGCCAACCGCCUCAGCCUCAACCGCGGCCUUAAUUCCAGCUCCAUCACCUUCGACCUUUCCAACAACGACCGCUUAGUAGAUUCCUACAAUGGCGUAAAAGUUGUAUGGGAACAUGUCAUUACUCAGAGGCAAACACAAACAUUUUCUUGGCGGCCAUUGCCGGAGGAGAAACGAGGGUUUAUUCUAAGUUCCAAGAAAAAGGACAAGACUGUUGUAUUGGGAUCUUAUUUAGAUUUCGUCAUGAAAAAGGCUAAAGAUUUACGUAGAGAACACCAGGAUCGUUUGCUUUACACAAAUUCACAUGGGGUUUCAUUAGAUUCUCGAGGCCACCCUUGGGAAUCUGUACCCUUUAAGCAUCCAAGUACUUUUGAAACACUUGCAAUGGAUCCUUUGAAGAAGGCUGAAAUUAUGGCUGAUCUUUUGGAUUUUGCUGAUGGGGAGUCUUUUUAUCAAAGAACUGGGAGAGCUUGGAAAAGAGGGUAUUUGUUAUAUGGUCCUCCUGGAACUGGAAAAUCUAGCAUGAUUGCAGCCAUGGCUAAUUAUCUUGGAUAUGAUAUUUACGAUCUUGAAUUGACUGAGGUGAAUACGAAUUCCGAAUUGAGGAAGUUACUGAUGAAAACCAGCUCGAAGUCGAUUAUUGUUAUUGAGGAUAUAGACUGUUCUAUAAAUUUGGCUAAUAGGAAUAAGAAUGGGGUUGGAAACAAUAACUAUAAUGCUUCACCCCUACCCGGGUCUAAUCGGGGUGAGGAUGGGGGAAAUACAAUAACUCUUUCGGGGUUAUUGAAUUUUACUGAUGGAUUAUGGUCUUGUUGUGGGAAUGAGAGGAUUUUUGUGUUCACGACGAACCAUGUUGAGAAGCUUGAUCCAGCAUUGCUGAGAAGUGGGAGGAUGGACAUGCAUAUACAUAUGAGUUAUUGUUCUUUUUCUGCAUUGAGGAUUCUUUUCAGGAAUUACUUGGAAUGUGAGGAUGAUCAGUUGGAUGGAGUAGUUUUGAAGGUAUUGGAGGGUGUGAUUAAUGAGGCGGAAAUGACACCUGCCGACAUCAGUGAGGUUUUGAUCAAGAACCGGUGCGACAAGGAUAAGGCCUUGAGGGAAUUGUUGGAGUCAUUGAAGAAGAGGGCCGAGAGGAAUCGGAUGAAACUGAGUGAAAGGAACACAAAUGAGGAUAAAGACGAGGAACUGGAGAAGUGGGCGUGA